AAUUUAAAUAUAUAUAUAAUAUAUAAAUAUAAAUAUAUAAAAAUAAAAUAAAAUAAUAAAAGAAUAAGGAAAAAGGAAAAAGAAAAGUCAAAGAGAAAGAUAAAGAAAGAAAAAUAAAAGUGUAUUAUGGCCGACCAAGAAACUCAUGCAAACAAUGUUGCCCAAGCAGAACAACAACCUACACAAUCUGUAGCUGUCGAAAAUGCUUCAAUUGAAGAAGGAAAGACUAAUGAUCAAGAGAAUGACUCAAUGAAAACUGUGUUCCAUGACCGUGAACAUUACAAUGUCAAGCAUCCUCUCCAGAACACAUGGACUCUCUGGUUCGAUAAUCCUGGAAAGAAGGCCAAUGUUACUUCAUGGUCGCAGAACCUCAACGAAGUUGUUUCUGUUAGCACUGUUGAGGAUUUCUGGGGUGUGUACAACAACGUAGCUAAAGUGAACCACCUUGAGAUCAGCUCAAACUAUCAUUUCUUCAAGAAGGGUGUUCGCCCAGAGUGGGAAGAUCCUGCCAACUCCAAGGGUGGAAUGUUCAGUAUUCAGUUGCCCAGAAACCGUACUGGAGAGGGAGUUAAUGAAUAUUGGCUGCAAAUGCUUUUGGCUGUGAUUGGUGAGCAAUACAAGUACGAGGAUGAAAUCUGUGGUGCGGUAGUAUCGGUGCGAAAAGUUUUCUACCGAAUUGCCUUGUGGAUAAAGACAUCAGACAACGGAGAUAUAGUAAAGACGAUCGGAACUCAAAUUAAAGAGUUUUUGAGCGUUCCCAGCAACAUAAAAGUUGAAUUUACACCUCACGGAGAUUCUGCAACAAAGAGCUCACCCAACAGGAGAAUCAUUUAAUUCACGGGUUUUUUUUUUGAAGAAGACAAACUGUAUAUAUAUAUAUACAUAUACAUACAUACAUAUAUAAAAAGUAUUUCAAAGGAACAACUUGAAAACAUAAAAUAUCCGUAUAGUCUUUCUAUUUUGGUAUAUAUAUAUAUAAAAACUACAGUGUUACAAUGUAAUAGUUUAAACUUCUAUUGAUGUGUAUAAAAGAGAGGCUGUAAAAGACAUAGAAACCUUUUUUUUUGUAAUUAAUAAAGCUGCAGUAAUAGACAUUAUUAUUAUU